CAGUACACUUAUGCCGAUAUAAGUAAGCGCAGUAUUAAAUGCGCACGUUGGUUGCAGCAACAGGGCAUGAAACCGGGCGAUGUAAUCGGUCUUUGUACCAAUAAUAACCUAGACGCGAUUAUAGCAUUGUUGGGCAUUCUAUACUUAAAUGGAAUAUGCCAUACGUGGGAUUAUGAGCUCUUCUUAAUGACAGCACGAAACUUUCUCUCAUCGUCGUCGCCAAAAAUAAUUUUUACGAUACCAGUAUCGGCCGCGAUUUUAAAGGAAGCAGCAAAGGAACUGCAACUGGAUGUAAAAAUAGUGAUUCUUGGCAAACUAGAUGGAUACGAGUCGAUGGAUGAUAUAAUAAAAGAUAACGAUAGUCGCGAUAUUGAAGAAUUUGAGUGUACUCCAAUUGAUAACCUGGACGAAAUUAGUAUCAUUGUUCCUUCUUCAGGUACCUCGGGUAUGCCGAAAGCUGUUGAGGUCAGGCAUUCUAGUAUUAUUAACUAUCUGAACCCCCAACAAAUUGCUAAAAUGAAAAAUGAUGUUUGCUACUUUACUACGACAUUACGUUGGAUGUAUGGCAUUCUAUUAGCAUUACAGGCUAUCUUGUCGUAUUCAACUACAAUUUUAGUAUCAGAAACUGUGACAAACAUUGAUGUCGAGUACAUUUGCAAGAUUAUCGAAAAAUAUCAAGUAAGUAAAAGUAAUAACUGAAAUGCAAAAUAUGAAAUAAAAUUCAAAAUCAGACGUCA